CUGGAGCUCUUUGUGCCUCCUCUGCCCACAGCUGCUCCAAGUGACAGCUCUCGCUGGGAAGAUGCACUGGUGGAAAGUGAUGGCAGCCCUUCUGCUCUGCUCACUGCUGCUCAGCCAGAGCCACAGCGUGUCCCUGUCCCCGAGGCAGCCCCAGGCCCAGCCCCGCAGUGCCCGGCAGCGGCGCAUGACGCCCUUCUGGAGAGGAGUGUCCCUGAGACCCAUCGGGGCCUCGUGCAGGGACAACAGCGAGUGCCUCACCAUGCUCUGCAGGAAAAACCGCUGCCUCCUCUCCACGGCCUCGGCAUGAGCUGGCACCAAGCACAGCCUGCACUGUUACUGCUGACCAUGCUCCACACAC